AUGUCAAGCUCGCAACUGCCUGUUACCUUCAAGAACCAAUGCUCUAUCGUUCACAAUGGAGUAGUCUAUGUCUACUCGCCUGAUGCUUUUCAGACCUUGGAGUUGAAAGAGGGUGCGAAGUGGAAAGAGGAACCCAAUGGAGUUUCGGUGACCGGCGCUGUUUGCGUGAAAGGAGGCGUUGACGGCGACAAUUCUCGACCCGCUCUUUAUGUCGUCGGCGGCAUCGCGAAUGACGCCUCUGCGGACUACUCAGGGUUACAGCGGUUCUCCAUCGACGACAAGUCCUGGAAAACCAUUGCUCUCACCGCACCUGUAACUCAGCACAGGCACAACCACGGAGCAGCUUAUAUGACUGCCUCAUCCUCGAUCGUGGUAUACUCGGGCGCUCAAGACUCCUACGAUGGUGCAUCAUCCGAGACAUUUCUCCUUCAGACAUACCCACCUUACGAUGUACUUGCAUACAGUUCACAAGCUCCUCCUACCAUCAAACCGUUCAUGCUCCCGUGGAAUGAUGAUCGUGCUCUCCUAGUAGGAGGCGGCGACACAAACACCAAUGCCUUCCUCUUCGAUCCCACCGGUGGUUGGCAGGAUCUUGGUCUUGUCUUACCCAGUGCCCUGCCUGAUCCAGCGAUUGCGCAGAGCGCACUAUUCACGCUGGACGACAACAGCAAAAUCUUGCAAACUUUCCAACUCGGAAGCUCGCCACCAACAGUAAUGACCAAUGUAUUGCUCAACCCCGGAGGCCAACCUGCCAGUUUCAAUGAGACUGUAGGUGACGCUGAGCAACCUGCUGUUCCAUCAGAAACACCAGGUACUUCUGGCAAAAUCAAACGAGCCACCUUUCUAAACAACUACCCGGUAUACAAUGGCACGUUGGCUCCUUCUGCGACCCGAACCGGGUUCAGUCUUGCACAAGGGGAGGGUGGAUUGAUAGCAUUUGUGGGAGGUAACGAUGAUAACCCCAUAUCUUUCUUCAAUCAAUCCGAAAAUGCCUGGGUAUCGAACGCCAAACUUCUCGGCACCCAAGAACCUUUGACCACUCCUUCGAGCAGUCGCACGUCAACGAUCCCAACUCCAACUGCGUCCUCAGUCCCAACGACCACUCCCACAGCCGCAUCCUCAUCCUCGAGCAAGAGCCGAGGCCUGACUGUCUUGGGGGCAGUUCUAGGGGGAAUUUGUGGGUUGGCUGCCAUCUUGAUCAUUCUAUUACUGUGGCUGAGAUCUGUUCGUCGAAAGAGAGCACACGCAGAGAGACAAAGUGAAUAUCCUGACGACAAGAGACGAAGUGGUGACUAUAGCUUCGAGGAAAGAGGCUUGCAACCUUUGUCCAAGGCAGGUCAGCCCAUGGGAAGAAGUCCGGUACCUUCUGCUGUGAUAUCAGAUGCAGAUAGUACGGCGAUGUUUGGAUCGAAGCCUGAUCCCAAGUAUCUCAUUCGUCGUGUUUCUUCUGACAGGAAUCAACCCGGAUUCCGUGGGUCUGGCAUUGCCUUUGGACAAGCGCUUUUCAAACGAGACAAAUCUGCACAAUUGAGUAUCUCAAAGCCCAUGAACCCCAUCCUUGGUGACUUUAAAGAACGACCGAGCAUCGACCUCGGCGCUGCCACACCAGCGGCAGCUGUCCCAGCGGCUGCCACCAGAUUAGCAGCCGCUACUGCUCCAGCACGGAAGCCAUCACAGCGCAAGACUGACGAAGGCUGGGGCAAGUAUUUCCAGAAAGAGCCACCGACUGGCAACCGUACAACCUUCUUGUCAAGGUCGUCUGCGAGCAAGAGCGGAUUUUGGCCAGGCACAGGGGUGCCAGAACCUCAGCUGAGACCUCCAAAAAUAAUACUCCGAGACAGUAUAGGGAAUCCGCUCGAAGCCCAUAGCGUUGCGGCCGGAAGCCCCAGCUUUGAGUAUGGCCCACCAAGCGCGCAAUCGCGUGGUCUUCAAGCAGCCCAAGGAAUCCCUGCUCGGAUCUCCAGUGCAAGUUCAGUGACGACGAACAGCACUGACGAUGAUUAUGAGGAUGACCACGUUGACGGCGCAUUCUCUAGUGGUGUUCCGGCCAGUGUCAACAACGUGUCCUGGACACCAGUAGGCAAUACGUGGUCAGGACCUGCUGAAAGACCUCUGCGUCCUCCAAGUAGCUACGUUGCUGCGCUUGGCCAAGCGCGACCGCUGAACACGGCGUCGUCGAACGAUACCAACAAUACCUCCGACACCAAGACUUCUUCGAUUCCAUCCUUCCCCAUGCCGAACUCAUUACGCUCGGUACAAGCAAGUGGAGCCAACGCGACGGCGGAAGCUGCCAAUAUUCGGUCUGUGGUGCACUCACCGAACAUCACCGGGGAUUAUUUUGGUAAUUUUGGUGAUGCUAAUGAGGGGCCGAAGGGUAACGAUAUGUCAUGGCUCAACCUGGGGACGCCGAACCGGUGA